AUGGUCGCUACCAAAUCCCCGCCGACAAAAUCCCCAAUAUCAAAUAAGAUGAGAUCACCCAAAUCACCUCGAUCACCACGUUCCGGCGUUUUAAUCAAUGAGUCAUUCACACCUUUAUCAUCAAUAUUGACCCAAGAACCAAUAUCGAUCGAUGCCAAAUCCCCAGAUCAUCAUGAUAAGUCACCGCCUUCACCACGCUCACCACCUAAAGCAUUAGCUUUGAGAAGAGUUUUAUCAGGUGGAUCAACAACGAGUACUAUAAAUACACCUAAAAAUGGAACUAUCUCAAUACCUCUUUCACCCAGUUCAGGCGGUAUGAGGACUCCCAAAGCAAGGAAAGAAUCCUUGUCACAUGAUGUAGAAGCAACACGCAUCGGAGUGGGAGCUGGAGCUGGAGUCGGAACAGGAAUGGAUAUUGAUACUUCAGAAAAUGCAUUGGGGCAUGGAAAUCAUUCUAGAAAUGGAGUCGGUAGAGAAGGUCAUCAAUUAGCUACUCAUUUAGACGGAUUACAAGUCAAUUCACCCAUCAAUGGCAAUUCAAGUGGUCUACCCCAGUCAGCCUUAGGUAUCACCCAACUACAAGGUAACCCGUCACAGUUAAAUGCACAGAACCUCCCACCUCCACCCCAUCCACAACCGCAACCACAACAAAUACAUAAUCCUUCUUCCAAUCCAAAUCGCAACUCAUCAAAUGGUGUCGGAAACGGUACGACACAUGAUAGAUCGUAUUCCACUUCGACAGAAGGUUCCACCUCUUCCAUACAUCUGAUACCUUCACAUCUUGGAUCGAGUUAUGGUCCCGAAGGAUUUCCUGUAUAUUCAAAAUCACCAGAAAGUAGUCCAAAUCUGUUUGGAUCGCAACAAAGUAACGGAAAUGGAUACCAUUCAACCUACAAUGCCGGAUUCGGUGGUGCCAAUGCAAAUGGUACAGGUAUAGAUCCAGUUCUUGCCGCGCAACAAGCUGAGAUAUUGGCCAAAGCUGACGAUGCGGUAAGAGCUUUGAAUGGUACAGCACAAUUGUAUCAAGGUAAUUUCAACAAUUCCGCUGUACCCACUUUCGAACCUUAUACAUUACAAUCUAGAAAUUACGCCAACUUCGUCACUCCUCAACAGCCCAAUGUCGUUAGACAAAGUUCAACAAGUAGCUCGACAACAGAUGCAGCUUCAACGUCUUCUGAGGAAAGUGAUUGGUGCAUACCUACUAUAGAAUGGGUACAUACGAAUCCUCCAGGUCAUUUGAAUUCACCUGGUGGAACUUUCGCUCAGAGAGAAAGAGACAGAGCUAGCUCUAGAAUGCCUCCUCCCUCCACAACGAACAGACCCACAUCACCUCGUACAACAGAUUCAACGCCACAACAUCCUCCACCAUUGCAUCAUCAACAAAGUUUACCUGUUGGUGCAUCAGCGGCAACGCCAUCUGGACUACGUCAAUCUUCGGCUCUUCCUAUAGGUGUUCCACCUGAUGUGGCUGCAGAAGAUGAUGAUGAUGAAGCGACUGUUGGCCAUAAUAGAGAAAGAUCACCUUCAACUUCAUCACAAUCUGCUCAAAGUGGUUUAGAUCUAUUAUGGCGUGCAGCUCAAGGCAUACCGAAACCACAUGUGAACGUGUAUGAUCCAGCAUUCGAACACAAAGGCAAAAGAAAAGCAGGGGCUGAAGCAGUGGACAAAUGGAGAUCAAGUGGUAUUCCAACAGGUGUAUCUGCUGUUCCAAUCACGAUUGACAAGAAUGGCGAAUCCAAAGUCAAAUCUGAGAGUGAUGGACCGGCCAGGAAGAGAAGAAGGAGUGAAUUAGCUCUGGAACCCAUUGACGCGUCAGGAGAAAGAGAUGGUUCGAUGAAAAGGGAAAUAUCGGAAGAAGCGGUUGAAGAAGAACAAAGUGAAUAUCGAAGUCCAUCAUUAUCUUCUGAACCUAUAACGGAAGAUGACCAAUCAGAAUAUGGUAAUGGUUACAACAAUUCUACUACAAAGAGAGGCAGACCAUCGAAUAGAGGUAAUAGAGCAAUAGCGACGAACAAAAGGGCAUCAAAUGCUCCUAAUGCUAUAAGAGGGGGCAAGCCAGGUUCGAAUAUAAACCCGGCAAACGCACCGGGUGGAGUGACGAAAGGUGGAACAAUCAAGAAAGUCAGAAAGGUUGGCGAUUCUCCUCCCGGUGGCAAUAGAGGUGGUAGACGGUCAAGUGCUGGAGCAGCUGCAUUUGCUGGCGGUGUUCAAUGUGAUUACGUCAAUCCAUUACCUCCAUACAACCGAUGUACAGAUGUAUUCACUAGGAAAUAUGAUUUACCAAGACACAUGGCAAGACAUGCUCGACGAGAAGGUGAACUAGUCAUAGAUGGUAAAUUAUCAGAAGAAAAAGCUGUCCUAUGGAGAACGAUCAAGGAUAAGCCAAAAGUGACUUGUAAUGAUUGUGGUGAAAACUUUACUCGGAUGGACGCACUUAAAAGACAUCAAGCUAAGCAGCAUCACGGUUGA